AUGAAGACCACCGCAUUGAUUACGGCUUUCCUGGCCGGGAACGUUGCUGCGUUCCCCAACAUGGACAAGAUGACGGCACCUCUCGCUGCUCGCGCAUACGAGGAAGCACAGCAGCUCAAGAAGAGGGCAGUCGACCCGCCGCAGGGUGCUGGCGCGAUGCCGUUGGUUCCACCGCCGUUCGACGCUAAAGCCCAGCGCAUCAGCACCACCGGCGCCCACAAGUGGGUUGCUCCUGGUCCAAACGACGAGCGUGGUGAAUGUCCGGGUCUGAAUGCUUUGGCAAACCACGGCUACCUCCCCCACAAUGGCAAAGCAACCAUCACCCAGUACAUCGAUGCAGUCACCAGCGUGUACGGCAUGGGAGUCGACCUUGCCACCUUCCUCGCUACCUUCGGCGCGGUUGUCGACGGCAACCUUCUGUCCUGGUCAGUUGGCGGCAAGCCACACACCGGCAUUGGCGGCAGCCAUGGCAAUUAUGAGGGUGACAGCUCGCCGUUGAAGGGCGAUCUGUACCAGUACGGCAGUAUUGGGAAGCUCGUCCUUUCGCAAUUCAAGGAGCUUUACGACAUGCAGGCCGAUGCUGAACAGCCCAACUACAAUCUUGAUGUCCUGAGAGACUUCCGCGGCAAGCGCUUUCAGGAGAGCAUCGACAAGAAUCCUAAAUACGUUUACGGACCUUUCACUGGUAUCCUGGUGUCUCAAGCGGCCUAUACCUUCAUCUAUCGCUUCAUGUCGAACAAGUCCGAAGAAUAUCCCGAAGGCAUCCUUGACAAGAACACGCUGAAGAGCUUCAUGGCCAUCUCCGGAUCCGACGACAACCCCAAGUGGACCUUCGGACAUGAACGUAUCCCUGAUAACUGGUACAAGCGCAACACGGCCGACGCCUACACCAUCCCAUACUUCAACACCGACGUCCUCUACUUCGCCGAAACCCAGCCCGAGAUCCUCUCCGUCGGCUGCAACCAAGGCAAAGUCGACUCUUUCAACGCCAUCGACGCUGAUACUCUCUCCAACGGCGCCUACACCGCCAACCAAGCCGCCUCCAACCCUGUCUGCUUCGCGUCCGAGUUCGCGAAGGCCGAACUACCUGGCUUGACUGGGCUCGGAAGUGUGGCGUUGGCGCCGCUGACGAAGACUCUGAAUGGGUUGACGAGUGGUCUGAACUGUGCGAGUAUCGGGAGCGUGAACACCAGUGCGCUUACUGCGUGCCCUGGUUUCUCGUUCUAUGGGGGACCGAAUGCAAAGGUGGCGAAGGGGGCGAUUCAGUCGUGA